GUGGGCUCUCGCGAGAGCCGGACAGCCCCGCGCCUGCGCGUCGCCGCGGAGCGUGGCGGCCGCCGGGAGGGGAGACGUCGCCGCGCCCCCCGCACCUCGCGCCGCCGCCAUGAGCGGCACCUUAGCGAAGAUCGCGGAGAUCGAGGCCGAGAUGGCGCGGACGCAGAAGAACAAGGCCACGGCGCACCACCUGGGUCUGCUCAAGGCCCGGCUGGCCAAGCUCCGCAGAGAGCUCAUCACCCCCAAGGGCGGCGGCGGCGGCGGCCCCGGAGAAGGUUUCGAUGUGGCCAAGACAGGCGAUGCUCGAAUUGGGUUUGUGGGCUUCCCGUCUGUCGGAAAGUCAACACUUCUUAGUAACCUGGCUGGGGUCUAUUCUGAGGUGGCGGCCUACGAGUUUACGACUCUGACCACCGUGCCUGGUGUCAUCAGAUACAAAGGCGCCAAAAUCCAGCUGCUGGAUCUCCCAGGGAUCAUUGAGGGAGCCAAGGAUGGGAAGGGACGAGGUCGCCAAGUCAUUGCAGUGGCACGAACAUGCAACUUGAUCCUGAUUGUUCUGGAUGUUCUGAAACCCUUGGGACAUAAGAAGAUCAUCGAAAACGAGCUGGAAGGUUUCGGCAUUCGAUUAAACAGCAAGCCCCCAAAUAUUGGCUUUAAGAAAAAGGACAAGGGAGGCAUUAACCUCACAGCUACUUGCCCUCAGAGUGAGCUAGACGCGGAGACCGUGAAGAGCAUUCUGGCUGAAUAUAAGAUCCACAAUGCUGACGUGACUCUGCGCAGCGAUGCCACCGCCGACGACCUCAUCGAUGUGGUGGAGGGAAACAGGGUUUAUAUCCCAUGUAUUUAUGUGUUGAAUAAGAUCGACCAGAUCUCCAUCGAGGAAUUGGAUAUCAUCUAUAAGGUGCCGCACUGUGUGCCCAUCUCUGCCCAUCACCGGUGGAAUUUUGAUGACCUGCUGGAAAAAAUCUGGGACUAUCUGAAAUUAGUGAGGAUAUACACCAAGCCCAAAGGCCAGCUGCCGGAUUACACGUCUCCGGUGGUGCUACCCUCCUCCAGGACCACGGUGGAGGACUUCUGCGUGAAGAUCCACAAGAAUCUCAUCAAAGAGUUCAAGUACGCUCUGGUCUGGGGGCUCUCUGUGAAACAUAAUCCUCAGAAAGUGGGCAAAGACCACACGCUGGAGGAUGAAGACGUCAUCCAGAUUGUGAAGAAGUGAAACCCGCCAGCCCAGCCCAGCCCAGCCCAGCCCAGCCCAGCCCUCCGUGGCUCCACACCCGGCUCGUGACUGGACAGCCCCCGGAUCCCGAUCGGGGCGGGAAGCGCGAGCCCUGCGCGGACCUUCUCCUGCCUGUCCUGUGUCUCUGUGUACACUGAACUGCAUAAAGUGUCUGGUAGGCAGCCGC